GCCCCGCGCUCUGUUCGCCAGCUCAGGGGUAGAGCGGCGGAGGGAACGAGCGGAGCGCCGAGCGCAGCGGGAAGGAGGGUAGGUGCGGGGCGGCUCGCGAGGAGGGGCUCGAGGUUGCUGCGAGGGGGCCUCGCUCCCGGAUGGGGCCCGGCACCCCCGGGGCCGCGGUGCGGGGUUGGGUCGAGGCGCCGGGGACCGCCCGGGGGCUUUCCGCGGACGGAGCCGGUGGCGCCGGGCUCUGCGGUGCCGCCUCGCACCGCGACCGGCCGAGGCACGCGGCGUCCCCGGGGCUGUGCCCGGCUCUCCCCGGGCUGCGGGCGGCCCCGCUGCGGGGCUGCGGUUAGCGGCCGGCACGGCGCUGGUGGAGCUGUGCUACAAGUGGGGCGGGGGCCGCGAGAUGGGGGUGAGCCCGGGGGAUCCUCCUGCGCCCCAAAAGCCGUCUCUGGGGCACGGCGGUGUCCCGCAGUUCGGCGUGCGGCUCCUUAAGGCCGUCCUUGCGGGAAAGGCGGCUUCAGGAGGCUGAGCGUGCCCGGCUGUGCCCCGUGGGACGUGGGCAGCCCCGCUGUACUCAGCGGCGUUCCAUCCCGAUUGAAUCCUGCGAGGUGGGUGAGAAGCGACUGUGGCAGUCGUAGCCCCGCUGCGAUACGCCGUAGGGAUGUGGUACCGGUCCAGUCUACUCUGCCGUCUAUUUCUCUUUUUUCUUCCGAUCUAACGUUGAAGGGCAGGAUUGUGAGUGCUGCCUGAAUUUCAGCAGCUGGACGGAUGUUGGCUGUGAAUUGCCAUACAGUGUGGCUGCUAACUGGUCUGCUGAUACAUGGAUAAGGGCUUGCUACUGUCCAGGUGUGCCAUCUCUGCUCCACAGCACACACAGGAGCCCUGCUGCGUGUGUUUUAACGUCAAAUGGAGCACUCAGUAUUUAAAAAAAAAAAAAAAAAAAAAAAAGCUUUGGAAUCUAAAUGUUGGCUUCAGUACAUCCAUAAACUGCAUAUAGCUCGUUCAGGAUGAAGUGUUCCCAUGCUUGGACCAGCUCUAGUGUUUCCAUCCUGUGCGUGAGGCUGGAGCUCGAAACUUGUUCUUGAGCAAAUCCCUCUUUUGCGUAGCGCUGGGCUCACACCUCGGCUCUGGUGCUUGCUGGCUGGCUGAGAAGUGCAGAGCAGAGGCAUACGGCCAGGGCCUCGCUGUCUGAAAGCCUGUCAGCAUGCUUCAGGGUCCCUUUGCAAUGGCACCGCUCUGAAGACCUGGAGAGAGGCAUCGGGUGAGAAGAGCCACCUCUGGUGUGCAGCGUUUGUUCGCUUCUUACCUGCAAGCAACAGAAAUGGAGCAGGGCACGAGAUCAGUACUUGGAGAAAGCCCUCCUGCAGGCAAUCUCUGUCCUACCCUAUCGAAGUUCCUCCCUUAAGAGGAUUUAGCAGCUUUAGUGAUGCAGUUCAUCUGGACUUCCUUCAUUCCUGUUGUCUCUAUUUUAGUACUGGGACAGACAGGUGUAGCAUGACCUGCAGCUGUGAGCUGGUGCAGGAGAUACUCAAGCGGGGCUCCAUACAAGUUUCCUGCUCCCGUUACCUGAGCCACUCCUGUUACCUGAGCCACUCCUGCCUUCAAGUCCCUCAUUAAGUGUGAGAGACCUUAAUAUGAAAUUCCUCAUCUGCCUUUAGCUGAGGAAAGGUUUUAUCCCUCUCAUGUAUCUCCCUGUCCUUGUGUCACACUAAUAAGUCUGCAGGAGGCCAUCUAGGGCAACAGGUGUUCAUUCAAUAGAUGUUCAAUUUGGGAAGGCAUGUAUGGAAGCUUUACAGAUCUGGUACUCACAGGCCUGAAGGUACUUUCCAUCCCAAGCUGUGGUUUUUGGUGGGACUGCUACAGCAGGAAGCAUUCAGCAGAGGUAAAGGAAGCUACUGCCACAUGGACCUUGAGCGCUGAUAGCUCAGGAUCAGUUACAGGAAAUCCAAAGCAAUACUGUAAGGUGGACCAUGCCCCGUGCCAUACGAGAUAGUCAGUAUAGGUAUGCUUGAAUGGUGCCUGAGGCAUAUGGUGGCCACUUUCUUCCUUAUCUCCUACUUGCUGGCGAGCAGGAAGUGACACUGGUUCCCUGCUCACCUGCUCCAGCAGUGCUCAGACUGUGACUGAAUGCCUUGGAGGGAUGGAGGGAGGCAACAGUGCUUCCCCCUGGGCCUGUGCAGCAAGUGGGGACUGCAGCCUUAGUUCUUGCCCUUCUUUAUUUGAAAAAUCUGUGUUCUUCAGAAUUAAUUUACUGUUGGGAACUCUAGCCCUUGCUCUAGAAUGCCUAAACUUCACCUUUCUGACACAGAUGUACCACAUCUGCACCUCCUUCUCCUAGCUCCCCACCUUCAUUUGUGUGUGAGCGGAGAUCGUAACGCCGCGGGGUCUAGAGUCCCUAUAUGUGGAAGAGGCUGUCUCUUGGCAAGGCAGAAAAAUAACACCAGACGUGAGGCCAGCAGUUCUGGAUGAGCAGUCAGCUGUGGCAGAGCCUGUUUGUUGCUCAGCUGUGUGCUCUGCUGAAAGCUCCUUUGAUUGUGAGGGCUGAGAUAGUUAAUGGCUGACUUGCACCUUGACAGGGUGAUAAGUGAAGCACCAGGAACUGCGUGCUGGAAAUUGCUGAAAUCAUUGCUUGCGCGCUGACAGAUUCCGAGCUAGCAGAUAUUGUAGAAGACAGAUGAGGCAUGACUGUGGGCAGCUCUGCAAAAGGGACUGCUCCGUGGGUGAUAGCAGAAAAAGGGAAUAAAACUCAAGCCUGUUAAGAUGGAUGGGGACCAGAGAAUGCAGGUGGGGUCUUGUCCCUGUACCCAAGUAAGACCCCUCGAACACAGCAGAGCCAGGAAUGCCAGGCAGCCUGGGGCUCACCCAAGGUAAAUAUGGGGGAAGAAAGUGAAGGCAAAUAAGCCAAAGGCUGGCUUUCUCCUGUGGGAAGAGGCACACGUGUGGGCUGCCUGGUUCUAGUUCUUUUCUCUCCUUGGUGGAGCUCCAGAACUGGGACACUGCCAAAUAAAAGCAGUGCAUGUACUCAAUUUUUGACACUUGCUAUGGAGGUAAAUGGCCUGCCUGUCUUUAAGGAGCUCGGCAGCUUUGCUGUGCCAUCAGGAGUGUUGUAAAUUGGCAAAGGACAGUUGGCGUUUGCUAAGGAUGCUGCUAGUUUAGUUUCUCUGCAGCACAGCCUUGAGUAGACAGGUGUGUUACAAAGAGCUUUUGCUGCAAAGCUGUUGCCUGGCAGUAAGCUUUAUCCCUUCCAGUGUGAUGGUAAUCCCGUGGCAAUGUAUACUGGAGAUAUACUAUCUAGAAAGGGCUACAUACGUUAGGAUAUCCAGCAGCCCAGAAAUUUGAAGCUAUACAAUGCAGAGUUCCCCUUGUAGGCAAAAAUAAUUGCACUGGAGUCAAAAGGCACAAGCAAAGGGAGGGCUGAGAGGUGAGAGCUGGAGCCAUACGCUCCUUCCCACAGGUGGAAUCCGCUGUCCUUGUUCCCAUGGCCACCUGCCAGCGCCCCACUGGGUGGUUGGGAAAAGAUUAAUUAGGUGGAGGAGCUGGCCUAUGGUGAUUUGCAUGGCUGGGCACUGACUUGCUGUAAAGCAGUUCUACUUGUUGUGAGUGAAGGAGCCUGUUUGCCCGGCCUGCUCCAGAGAAGGGCUUCACGGUCACUGGAUGUGGCUGUUUUCUGAUAGCACAAAGGCUGCCGCUGCCCUCCUGCGAUAUGCGGAUAUGUAAACCCUAGGCAUCUGGAGUUGGCUCGUCUCCUGUGAUGGAUGACUAGCAAUUUGGUUGGGAAUCAAUUUUGAAAUGUAACUCAACUAGAAGUACUCCUCUGCUGCAUAAAAUGGCUGCAUGCUGGCUUUCGGACACUCAGGUUAAAUCUUUCCAGAGGCAUUUCUGUAGCUUUCUUGGCAUUUCUAGGUUGCUAAGUGCUCUACAGCAAAAAUAUCCAUGUUGGGGAAUGUCUUACUCCCUUUUUGCCUCUUUUUUUUCUUUCCAGUUUCUCCUUGGUCCUGCAACUGGCUUCCUUAGCACUGUUUGGAAAAUGAAAAUAUGUGCCAUAUGUGUGAACAGCAGUUAAAGAGGGGGGGCUGUGUUCAGUGAUGUUAAUAUCAAGGGUGUGUUGGGACUUUGGUCCCACAUGCCUGUGUUUGAACUGCAUCAUGUGAACUGAUCCGCUCAUCCCCUUCCUGCUUGUAAUCGAGCCAUUUGUAGACUCUUUACACAAAAGGAUGCCAUUCUGGCACUGGGUCUGAGGCACGUUGCAUGCCAGCAUGGCACAACUGGAGCAUCCACUUGACUGCUAUGGAACUGGUGAUGUGUCAGCGUGCACUAAGUCACUGGGAUGAGUCAAGUCCUGGGUGGCUUCACUGGAAUGGCCUCAGCUUCCUAGUGCAGGCCUUACCAAGUAAACUGCCUCUUGUCCCCUCACUGCUUUUCUGCUGCUUUUGAGCUGCUAGGCUCCCUGACUGAGCAUGGACCCAGAAUGCUGAGCUGGGCUUGGGUUGAGGUACCUGCAGUUCAGCAGGGCUCCACCCCCCACUGCUGUUGCCUUGAAUUAUGCACUGACCAAGCAGAAGUAGCAACUGUUGCACAGCAUCUUCCUUGUGCUUGAAGAAACAGGGCUCAAAUGGCAGGCAGCAAUUCUGACUCUGCUCAUUCCUGACAUCUCUCUGGGAAAAAAAACAAAAGGAGAGAAGGGGGCUGCCUUGAUGUUCCCAACAAGGCUGAGCUCUUCUUUGCGUUUAGGUCUCUGUCUCUCGCAAGUUUUCUACAGACACUGCACACAAUAACUGAGGAGCCAAUCCCUCUGAGUUGUGCAGUAAAUCUAUGCAUUCCCUUAGGAAUCUCUUUUAAUUAGGGAAGAUUUCAGCUCUGAGGCAGUUGUGCAGCACUUGACGUUUGCAGAGCAGGGUGUUGUGGAGCAGCACCAAGGUUUCCUGUAGCACUACUGUGGGGCCCGAGGUGCUGCUGCUGAAGGUGCAUGGGAACUUCUGUAUGCUGAAAGGGGCAUCAAGCCAGCUGCUGCCUCGACACAAGAGGCUAUUUCAAGUGGGGGCUAUUUCGAGGAGUGGCACAAGCAGCUUUAAUGCCCUCAAAGGCUCCAUUGAUGUCACAGUUCUGCUUGUGGUUUCAGAGGCUGAUUUUGCAUCCCUUUCCAGUGCGUUUCAUUGCGGCUUCCGAGCCUACGGGGCACAGUAGCCGGGGUUGUCAGUGUUGUGGUGAUGGUUCAGACUUGAUGCUCUUGUAAAACAGUGAGUUCCUGCUACAUAGCAGCUCCAGGCAGAUGGGAAGCUUCUUGCAAACCCAGCUGUCAGCUCCCAGCAAGACCUAGUGAAGUGUAUACAACUAGAUGGCUGUGCAUCCGGCGUUGUCCCACAGGAGUCUAAACAGCUGCUCUCUGUCACUAUGGGGUGUUUGCUGUCAGGGGAGACAGCCGCUGAGGUGUUGUGUGAGCUCUAUCUGGGCCAGCCUGUUGCAGGGGCGGUCACGGUGCCUCUCACCUGCGGCCUGAUCAGAUGCCAGCAUCUCUCUGGAGAGCAUCGUCGCCCAAGUUCUGCUCUUGUGGUGGAUUGUCUUCCCGCCGGGAGCCUCCUGCCCAAGGAGAAAGACCACUGGCCUUUCCAUCCCAUUGAAGCAUUACUUCCCCUAAAGUCCACUCCCUGAAGGGAGUAGAACAUGGUGGGGCAGAGAAAAGUAUUAUAAAUAAAUAAAUCUCUGCAGCUCUAUUAAAAAGUAAUGAUAAGCUGCAUCAUAGUCUGCUGAUUAAAGAUGAAACAGAGCCCUGCUUUUUUUUUUUCUUUGUCCUUCAAAAAUGGGAGCAUUUAUCUCUUCAUUAAAGUAAAAAACCUCAGAAGUGCUGUUUUCCAUCCUUCUAACUUUGCUCCAUCAAACAGUUCUCCAAAGCGUUUGUGCUCUAAAUUUAGAAGAGGAGACCCUCUCAGGGAAACACUGAGGCCCCUGGCCUGCCUGGCUUCUGGCUGGACUGGGCCUGUUUUCCAGACGGCUGCAGGCAGUGCCAUGCGUGGAUCCCCGAGGACAGCGGGAAGCCCCUCCUUUUCCUGGAACAGACCCAACUCUUGAAGUCUUGCUGUCUGUUUUAACUGCCAAAUUCCCGGGGAACUUAUCCCAUAUGUCUGUUCCUCUUGGCUUCAAGCAGCUCUGUCCACAGCCUAUGCAUGUGAUGCUUCUUAGGGCGGAUCGAUUUUUUUUUUCUUUCUUUCUUUCUGGAUGGUGUUUGGAGGGGUGAUUCUAACUGUGGGCAGCAAGUCUGAAACUGAGCGAUGUCUCACAUGGCUCGGUGAGGCCUGCCACGGCCCCCUGCCCUGCAGCACAGCUGCCAGCCGGGAGCACAACUCCUACAUGCACCCAGGUGUGCGCUACCUCAGCUGCCAGAGCUCUCUGUCACAGCAAAACCGAAGCCCUGCAGCCUCUCCUCCAGUUGGCUGAGCCUCACACCUUUAUCUCCCAGCUUUGUCUGCUGAUAUUCCUUCCUGUGGCAUUGCACUUCCUGAGGGGUUAAGUCAGGAACAAAACUACUCCACUGCAGCUUCUGCAACAGCUUGUGCUGGUUUUGCUGCUUACGGUGCUGCCCUUUGUUGUAAGAUGCUUUAUUUUACUGCUUUAUUCCUCCCUGUAGGAGUGAAAAUUAGAAUCUGCAAAGGUGGAGGGUAGAAGUGCUAGGCAGUGCUGUGGUACUCUUGGAGAUGUUGCAGUAGCUCUUCCUGGGACUGGCUGCUCCAGAAACUGACAGAGCUGCUACGGUGGACCCAGCAAGGGGUCUGGCUACUGGGACACAGAUCCUGUAAGUGAGAGAAGAUGGGGUCUGGCUGCCUGAAAGUCACCAAGUACUUCCUGUUCCUCUUCAAUCUCCUGUUCCUUAUUCUGGGCGCUGUGAUCCUGGGUUUUGGAAUAUGGAUUUUGGCUGACAAAACCAGCUUCAUUUCAGUUCUGCAGAACUCAUCUCCCUCCGUGAGGACUGGCGCAUAUAUCCUUGUCGGUGUUGGGUCUCUCACCAUGCUGAUGGGAUUCCUGGGCUGUCUUGGAGCAGUCAAUGAAAUCAGAUGUCUCUUGGGUCUGUACUUUACCUGCCUCAUGAUGAUUCUCAUAACUCAGGUGGCUGCAGGACUGGUCAUCUAUUUCCAGCAAGAAGAACUGAAAGGGGAGUUGUCACGCAUAGUUGAAAAACUGAUUGGAGAUUAUGACCCUGUGAAUGGUGAAGAUAAGAACUUGCAAGAUGCGUGGGACUAUGUGCAGAAACAGCUUACCUGCUGUGGCUGGAAUGGAGCAGAGGAGUGGGAGAAAAAUCCCAUUCUUAUCAACAGAAGCAUGACUGCGUAUCCCUGCUCCUGCUCCAAUAGUUCCAAGGAUGCUGAGGAAAAUACAGGCUUCUGUACACUGGAUGUCGUGGUGAAUGAAACUGCAACGCAUGCCAACUGGCCUGUGCACAGGCAGGGUUGUGUGGAUGGGGUACAGGAUUGGUUGAAGGACAACCUUGGUAUCAUUCUUGGGGUCUGCACAGGCGUUGCUGUUGUAGAGCUGCUGGGGAUGAUACUGUCCAUUUCACUCUGCAAGAACAUACACAGUGAAGACUACACCAAAGUGCCCAAGUCUUGAGUUUGUUGACUCCAGAACUACGGCACCACAGAGAAAGGAGCAAACAGAACAUUCCUGCCUCGUACCCAGACUGUCCAACCAUUGACCAUUACUCCUGUGAUAUCCUAUUUCUGAUACCACUCUGCUAUGGACUAUUAGAGUUGCAAUACAGCCUGAUUUUUCUGGCAAUAGAGCCCUUGGGCUACCUACAUCCUGCCUCUGGAUUAUUUCUUCUUCAAGAAGCAGAACUUAACUGUCCUGCAUCAUGAGGCAUCUUUUGCCACCUGCCCCACAUCCUAUUCAUAUUUCAGUUCUACAACCUACUGGGCCUAAUGUACAAUAACUGUUCCUCCCUGCUAUCCUCCUCCCACAUCUUUCCCUUGGCCUCCAAAAGAAACACCAUCUUUUUGUCCCAUGAGUCAGAAUUGCUGUUGAGAUGCCAGUGCUUUGGUAGCUUCACCUGCUUCACUGAUUGUGGUGGUAACUAGUUGUGCUUUAAAGGCCUUGCAAUUAACCUGAUUCCUCUUCUAUUAUGCAUCUUCCAGCCUAGACUCUUAUCUGAACUAUUGAGCUCUACCCUCAUCGUUUCUCCUGCAUCUGGAGUCAGUCAAGCCUUGCCUUCAGUGGAGCUCUUCCCUUUGAGUGUGACAAGAAGCCACUGGGAGGGAGCCGGGUCAACCUGUCACUAGUGUGGUCUGGCAGAUUCUGGUUGUGGUGCUCACCUGCUUUUGGAAUGGGUCACUUGGGUUCUGGAUCUGAUGGUUGCAUGUUUCUCUCUUCCUUUUUCUCCACCCCUGCGAUAGUUUUCUGGCUCUUUUCAGGCACUUCAGAGACUGCUGCAUAGUGUGGACUCAGCCCCAGGCUGGCUGUGUUGAUUGUGUUGGGUUGCCAACUUUCAUACAGAGGUUGUGAUUAACUGGAUUCUUCCCCUGCCCCGUUAUGAACAUAAAAUAUUAACAGUGGUUUUUAGUAACGAGUAUGGAGGGAUCUGACUUGAUUGCAGGCGCUGCAUGUUGGAGAUAUCCCUGCUACCAGUGCCCAGUUUAGGUUUUGUAGUUUAGAUGCAAGGAUAAAACUGCUUUUACUUUCAGUUGUUCCAGUCCUCAGGCUCUACUGUAGUCUGGAGCCAUGUCUGCUGGUGACUGGUCUUGAGUGUAAGCACUGCAGCAGAGAAGUAACUGGUUUUGCACUCGCACGGGCUGGGUGGUUUGUGUACUUUAGGGCUGGGAUGUUUGCUCCGUUCAGCCAUUGGCCAGCAGCAAGGAGUGGUGUAGAGCACAAGAAGGCAAGGAAUGUGUGUGGAAAAACCUCCCUGACUUCUUAGAUAAGGGAGCUGGGUAGAAAUCUUCAGUCCUAGAGGUAGCCUGGGCACAACAGAUUUCCUGCUGCUAAAUUUGCAUUCUAGUUACCCUGGCAGUAGGAAGCAAUCUGGGAGAGAAGCGGAUGGUCCUUGUCUGAGCCUUGAUACAAGGUACUUGGUUGAAGGAACCUUUGCCUUACAGAAGCGGUCCAAGGACCGUCAGUCCUAUUCUUGCUGGAUGGUGUUGAUAGGGAUAGCCCUAGUAGCUAGCUGUUCAAAGGCAUGACUUCACUACCUAGUCAACUUUUCUUCUGGCAAGAAAGGCCCAUGCAGAGGAACAGGGCCCCAGCAGUGGGUCCCUGCUGUGUCCUCAUCUCUGGACUCAGCAGUGACUGGGGACAGUAGAUAUGACUGGACAACUGAUCUUUAUGGAGGUCUGGUAAGGCUUUGCUAUUUUGAGACCCCUGCCCUCUCCUACGCAGAUCCUUCAAGCUGACCUUUGCUAUAGCAGAAGGCACCUUCUUAGCAGUAAAGCUUGCUAGCUUUCACAGUACAAAGUCUAUUCUCUAACAUGUUCUUAUUUGUAAGAUUCUUGUUCGGUUACAGAUGCCAAUGCUGAGCAGCAAGUAAAAAGGAACCCGUGAUGGGUUUCCUCUUUAAUUGUUUUUUUUCUGUUUUUAGCAACAUCUUCCCACGGGAAGUAAUGCAUGUACAGAUAUAAAAGUCUAGAGAGUGAAUAUUUCUGUAAUAAAGACUUUGCUAAAAAAAAAAAAAA